AUGUCAAAGAUUGAGAGCAAUGGCAAUGCUGCUAAGCACAAUACGGUACCUUCGGUUCGGCGUUUUCCCACGCCAGGUAAGGCGACAGUCCUAGCCAUGGGCAAGGCCUUUCCUAGUCAACUUAUUCCUCAGGAUUGUCUCGUCGAGGGCUAUAUUCGCGACACGAAAUGCGAUGACUUGGUGAUCAAGGAGAAACUGGAGCGCCUAUGUAAAACCACGACAGUGAAGACGCGGUACACCGUAAUGUCCAAGGAGAUUUUAGACAAGUACCCCGAACUAGCGACCGAGGGCUCGCCGACGAUCAAACAAAGGCUUGAGAUAGCGAACUCGGCCGUCCUGGAAAUGGCAGUGGAAGCAAGCCUUGCAUGCAUCAAGGAAUGGGGAAGGCCAGCAGGGGACAUCACCCACGUCGUCUAUGUUUCUUCGAGUGAGAUACGAUUGCCAGGAGGUGACCUUUACCUCGCGAGUGAGCUUGGCCUGAGGAGAGAUGUCCGCCGCAUAAUGCUCUACUUUCUUGGCUGCUAUGGUGGAGUCACAGGCCUUCGGGUUGCCAAGGACAUAGCUGAAAACAACCCGGGCAGCCGUAUCCUACUAACAACAUCCGAAACCACCAUACUCGGCUUCCGGCCGCCAAACAAGGCACGCCCUUACGACCUCGUGGGGGCAGCCCUUUUUGGCGAUGGAGCUGCUGCAGUUAUCAUAGGCACUGAGCCGGUGCCGGGGAAAGAGGCUCCCUUCAUGGAACUGAACUAUGCAGUUCAACAAUUCUUGCCCGGAACUCACAAUGUGAUAGAAGGUAAGCUUUCCGAAGAGGGCAUAAACUUCAGACUUGGGAGAGAUCUUCCGCAGAAGAUCGAAGACAACAUCGAGGAAUUCUGCAAGAAGCUAAUGGAGGAGGCAGGUUUGAAGGACUACAAUGAGUUGUUUUGGGCGGUCCAUCCGGGUGGACCGGCAAUUCUGAACCGGUUGGAGAGCACCCUGAAGCUGAGAGGAGAGAAGCUGGAGUGCAGCAGGAAGGCAUUGAUGGAUUAUGGGAAUGUUAGUAGCAACACUAUCUUCUAUGUCAUGGAGUACAUGAGGGAGGAGUUGAAGAAAGAUGGAGGAGAGGAAUGGGGGCUUGCCUUAGCAUUUGGACCUGGCAUCACCUUUGAAGGCAUCCUCAUCCGUAGCCUCUGA